UGGGACUUAAGAGGAUUCAGAUAAUUGUAAAACAUUGAACUAACAAAUUUUUUAUCCGUGUUUUCUAGUGAUAGUGAUAAAAAGUGAUAGAUGACUUUAAUUUUAGUUUAGUGAUUAAACGGAGACUAAGCAAAAUGGUGGUUCUUCCAGAUAAACUUUUAGUAAAGGUGAUGGUCCUGUCGAUGGUGGCUACAACUGGUUUUAGCAGAGUGAAACGAGAGGAAGAUGCUCAACAAUCGUAUCCAGAGGGCGAAAAUGAAAUAGAGCCUUUAAUAAUUGAUAGAGGGCCCUACUUUGAUAAGUCAGUGUCCAAAAAUGUUACUGCUCUUGUGGGUAAAACUGCUUAUUUGGGGUGUCGAAUAAGGAAUUUGGGAAACAGAACGAUUUUCAAAACACCUGUCAAAAGAGCAAAGACGAAGGUGACACCACAUGAGAUGCAACAGCAAAUAUUUAUGAAAAGUUGCACGGACGCAUUGAAAAACUGUGAUCAAGAAUCAGAAAGUACAGCUUUCGCCAAAUUUGUUGCCACAAAACAUAGAAAGUUGAAUGAGAGUCAACAGAUGUACGCUGAAACCCUGAUUACAAAAAUAUUACAUAAAGCUGCUCUUAAUCAAUUAACUGAAGACCUUUCGACCUUCAGUCUCAAAAUCGAAAUAUUUUUUCUUCGCCCAGUUUGCUAUCAUUAAUAACAUCUUCACCAGCACCAUCACCUGGAAGUCUGGAACAUCAGGAGCAGCCACAAAAUGCAGGAGAGUUGGUGUCAGAUUUUUCAACGUAUUUUAACAUGUAUAAUAACUGAUAUAAGCUUGAAUAAAAAAAAAUAUUCUAAACUUACCUUCAAGUAAUCCUUAUGUAAUACCUCAUAGAGAGCCUUGCAUGUUUCGGGUAUGAUGCGUCCUAAAGCUUGAGCAGAUAUUCCUGUAGUGAAUUUAAGAUCUUCAUAACUACGUCCAGUAGCAGGAAAACGAAGAGUGGCAAUAAGUCGUUCAUCGGCAGGUAUACUUUGUCUCAUUGCAGUAUCUUGUUUACUAAGAUAUGGUCGCAUUAAACUCAGAAGUUCAUCAAACGUAUUGCUCUCCAUCCUUAAGUAAUUUUUAAAGUCGCCUGGAUCAUUAUCUCUCAAUUCUCGUAAAAGCGAGAUGUGACUAUAUUUUUCUCUCUCAGUCAGCCAUUUUUUCUGCCAUAUACAUCGUUUUUUCUUUUUAUUUUUCAUGGCCAGAACCGCACAUGCAACAAUACAAAUUUUUCUC